AGGCUUCUUUCCGUGUGCCGCCUCUUCGGGCCCCUCUUUCCGUGUGCCCCCCCACCCAGCGAGUUCCUUGCCCUUCUGCCCUCGGCGCCGCGCCCAUGAACCUCGCCGAGUCGCCGUCGCCGGCCCCGUCGUCAUCAAGCGGCAGCGACGACUUCGCCGCGCUUCUCGACUCGGAGCUCGAGCUCGCCUCCGCCGCGGACUCCGCCUCCCCUGGCGACCCCUUCGCCUCGCCCACCAGCGACGACGAGGACGAAGAGGAGUUGGAGGAGGAAGAGGAUGUGGAAGUUGAAACCCUAGAACAGAACGGAUUUUGUACUAUGAAUCUGACUGCUGCAACUGCAUCAAAAUGCAGUACCAAAAGGUGUAGAGUGGAGGAACAACACCAAGAUCUGGCAACAUCAGUUAGGCCUGACAAAGAUACCACUGCAGGUUCGUCUAAAAAUGUUGAGGUAUGUCCACAUCCUGGAUAUUUUGGUGGACUUUGCUUUCGAUGCGGGAAGCCACAAGCAGAGGAAGAUGUUUCAGGAGUUGCUUUUGGUUACAUCCACAAGGGAUUGAGGCUUGGUACUUCAGAAAUUGACAGACUACGUGGCGCUGAUUUGAAGAAUUUACUGCAUGAAAGAAAGCUAGUGCUUAUCUUAGACUUGGAUCAUACACUGAUUAACUCAACCAAACUCCAUGAUAUUUCUCCUGCUGAAAAUGAGUUGGGUAUUCAAACUAUUGCUUCAAAAGAUGAUCCAAACAGAAGCAUCUUUACAUUAGAGUCAAUGCAGAUGCUCACAAAGUUGAGACCCUUUGUUAAUAAAUUUUUAAAAGAAGCAAGCAAUAUGUUUGAGAUGUAUAUAUACACCAUGGGUGACAAAGCUUAUGCAAUUGAAAUAGCGAAGCUUCUUGACCCUGGUAACGUCUAUUUCUCUUCGAAAGUGAUUUCAAACUCGGAUUGCACUCAGCGACACCAGAAAGGUCUUGAUGUGGUUCUUGGAGCUGAAAGUGUUGCAGUGAUACUUGAUGACACUGAGUAUGUCUGGCAGAAGCAUAAAGAAAACCUGAUUCUGAUGGAGAGAUAUCAUUACUUUGCUUCAAGCUGUCGCCAAUUUGGUUUUGGCUUUAGAUCUUUGUCAGAGUCAAUGCAAGAUGAAAGGGAGAGUGAUGGUGCUUUGGCUACCAUUUUAGAUGUCUUGAAGCGCAUACACACAAUUUUCUUUGACUCGGCCGUUGAAACUAAUGUUUCUUCACGGGAUGUAAGACAGGUGAUUAAGACGGUACGGAAGGAAGUACUGCAAGGCUGCAAAUUAGUCUUCAGUCGGAUUUUUCCAAACAACACUCGCCCGCAGAAUCAGAUGAUCUGGAAGAUGGCUGAGCAAAUGGGUGCUGUUUGCUGCGUGGACGUGGAUUCCACAGUCACCCACGUUGUAGCUGUGGAUCCGGGAACAGAGAAGGCCCGCUGGGCUGUUGACAACAAGAAGUUUUUGGUCCACCUCCGCUGGAUUGAAGCCGCUAAUUUUCGAUGGUGCCGGCAACCGGAGGAAGAUUUUCCUGUAUCUCCUCCGAAGGAAAAAAGUAAAGACCACCAGAAGGAAACGAGCAAGGAUAAAGAAAAUGCUGUAGCUGGCCAGAAGAAGGAUAAAGGCAAAGAAAAUGCUGUUGCCACUACUACAGGUCCAACUGACUCAUAAGCUAUGUCUGACGUGCAGUGUAGGCGUUGCUACGCAACAAUCAUAGGUUUGGGCGAUGGAAAGUUAGCUUUUCGCAUCUGUUUGUGGUCCACGUGAAAUUUUGCUGCUGAUUUGAAACUCAUUGGGCCUCAGACCAUAUAAGUUAAGGUAACACUACCGGAGUUCAUGGCAGUUAGAUUUGGUUAUGAUAGAAUUUACUGACGUAAAGCUGGGCGAUUAUGUAUGUAAACGUAUUGGAGCUUGUACUUGCUUCUGUAGGUGCUGGUUCAGGAUUGGACUGCAGGACCUUUUUCGUUAUCGCAAAUCGAACUCCGUAAUUUCUAGGUGAAAA